GCAGUUGUUUUUUCAAUACAGAUGAAAAAGAAAAAGAGCUCUUAUGUUUGAGCACUAGUGCAGUGAGUGAGCAUAUUUCCGUCCGUCCGUUGGCUUUGUGGCUAAUAUGGGAUAACAACUCCCCGGAUACGAAUAUGGGAUAUUAUGGCACAAUGGGUGUAACGCUUAACAUAGAGGAUACAAUUACAGCGGUGGAUUCGAAUGUGAAAGCAAUGGUUGAUUAAAUAAAAGAUUUUAUGAUUCUUAUGAAAUGGGCCGAAAGAGAGAUGCCGAAAUAAAAUACAUGUGCUUCAUUACAAUCUUCUCGCUAAUCUGUUUCGUUGUGACAACGUUCAUAACAUCACAGAAACGGCAGAAAUUAAAAGAGGAACAGGUGAAGAUAUAUAGGGUCAUUCAAGCACAGACAAGCACACGAAGUCGGAACAACCAAAGGAACACCUCUAUAAAAGCAACACGUGUGGAAGACAAACACCGCCAAUGGUUUAGUCAAAGUUUAUCUGUGCAAAUUGACACAAUUAAAGCAAUGGAUAUAAAAAAACGAGUAAUUUCCAGUGGAAUGUCUUGGAAGAAAAUGUUGUCGAACUCUGUUGAAAUUGUGAAGGAGUUUAAUGGGAAAUUGUACAGAAAAAAUGAAUCGCAGAAAAAACUUCGAAUGAAGGCCGUGGAAAAUUGUGCUAUUGUAGGAAACGGAGGUGUGCUACUUGAUAGCCGUUGCGGCGACGAGAUCAAUGCGCACGAUUUCGUGUUUCGCAUUAAUAUGGCUCCGAUAGACGGCUUUAGGACUGAUGUAGGAAGCAGGGUUGACUUUAUGGCUUUGAAUAGCCAAGGAACGAGGCAGCUUUUGGGUUGCAUGAAGCGAUCUACACAAGGUUGUACACAGACUCUGAGAACACUUAGCAUGUUGGAAAAAGGCUACCUGUGGUUCUCUAAAUAUACAACAGUUAAUUUGAAAUUAUCGUCGGCAAUCUAUGAAUAUGUCAAUACAACAAUUUUUGUUUUCCCUUUCAGACUAUGGAAUACUAGCGGGUAUCCAUCAUCAGGGUUGUUUGUCUACUCUCUCGCAUCCACGAUGUGUAAGCGAAUAUCUCUGUACGGCUUCUAUCCGUUCAAACAAACUAACGAUGGCAGCAGAUUAACAUACAACUAUUACACUGAUAUUGGAAUAGAUGAGUUUGAGAUAGGACAUGAUAUGCCAAACGAGUAUGAGUUACUACAAGCUCUACAUAAUCAGCGAAUUUUGAGGCUUGUCACAGACCCAUGCCCGCCAAUCGAAAAAUACGAAGUUCGCAAUCGAAAACAUAAACGUCGUACAGAAUAUUGAAAUAAUUAUACCACAGCAAUAUUGAUUUAGGCCUAUAUAUUUUUACCUAUUUUACACAACCCUCACAUAAGGUAAAAAGUACAGAGUUCGAUAGAAGCAUGAUUUAAUUCCAAAACAAAACAGUCCACAAAUUUAA